AUGUCAUCAUCCAACGCAGCAACAACUAGCAACGAAGUGAUCAUCCCAGAGGCAGAUAAAGUUGCAAAUCCAAAAACCUUUUUAUUCAUGCAUGUCAUUAGCUGCACCGUUCAAGUCGGAGGAUUGUUUGGUGCCAUCUACACUCCUAUUCAUUACUUUUUGAAAAGAAGGAAAGAACCAACGCUUUCAUUUUCUAACUUUCUGAACACUAGACUUCCACAAUAUAUUUGGAGAGGAACAACGAUAGGAUUUCUCGUUGGUUCGAUUCUUUAUUAUGGCAAAGCUCGAACGUUCACUCAAAAUAAUUUUGAUGAUCGAGCUUUCCGUAUCAAGCAUAAUAUUCAUUGUAAUAUGUGGCAACAAGCAUGGCUCGGUAGUGUGGUAUUGGGAGGAUUAACUGGUUUGAUUUUAAAGAAACCAGAGAUGGGAAUUGCUUUAGGUCAUGCAUUUGGAACCAUCUUAUUUGCUGGAUUGACUGCUGCGGGUGUAAAACCAUUGCAACGUAGAGAUUGA